AUGACUACACCGAGUAAAUCUUUCAGAGAUGUAAAAAGCGUUAUUAAUUUAAAUAAACAUUUAAACAAAGAAGUUUAUGUUAAGUUUAGUGGAGGCCGAGAAGUCAAAGGAGUUCUUAGAGGCCACGACGCCAUGUCGAAUUUGGUCUUGGAUGACACUGUGGAAUUUCUGAAGGAUUCCUCUGACUCAAGUAAAUUGACCGGAGAGAAGAGAAACCUUGGACUUCUAGUGGCUAGAGGAACUUCCGUAAGUUUAUAUUUAUAA